AUGGCCCCUGAGGUCCCAGAGCUGCUGCCGUCCUUCAACAGUUCACUCACAAACGAUCCUCAGGCUCUUCCUCUUCCUCUUCCUCUUCCUCUUUCAGCUCCUGCGUCCUCUGCUGACACUGGCUUUGGGUCAGUUGGAUAUGAGAUGUUGGCGACGGCUGCAGUUUGUGUCUUUGCUCUCAUUUCACAGAGCGGCGCCAUCCUCGGCGGCCGUGAGGCUGCGCCGCACUCUCGGCCGUACAUGGCGUCCAUCCAGAAGGUGGUCGGCGGGGGGCGGAGUCACGAGUGCGGGGGCUUCCUGGUGCGAGAGCAGUGGGUCAUGACCGCGGUGCACUGCUUCCCACAGGGAGCCAGCAACAAGAAGGUGGUGUUGGGGAUGCACUCUGUGAGCGAGGCCGAGGACACACAACAGGUCUUUGACAUCAUGGAGCUACACACAAACCCCAACUACAGAACGCACAACUUUGACAACGACAUCGCACUCAUCAAGUUGGACCGUCCUGCCAACAUCACCAGUGCGGUCCAGGUGGUCCGGUUCCUUCGUGCUGGGGGCACUAACCCCAGCACAGACCAGGCGGCCGACACUGCAGGGUGGGGGGCUUCUGAUAACCUGGGCUCUCGCCCCGACAAACUGAAGGAGCUGACGGUGGAGGUGGUCAACCCCAUGCUCUGCGCUCGCAGCGACUACUUUGGGUCUAGAUACACCAACAACAUGCUCUGUGCACAUCACGUGUACAACCAACCAGGCAGCAAGUGGCCCAAGAAGGAGGACACCUGCGACGGCGACUCUGGCGGCCCCCUGCUGGUUGACGGUGUGGUGGUGGGGAUCGUGUCCAACGGAGGCAUCAAAUGUGGUCAGCUCCGGAAACCCGGCAUCUACACCGUGGUGUCGCACUACACCGAGUGGCUGGACGGCAUCAUGGGUUCACAGCCCACUGCUGCACCGCAGUAG